ACAAGAGGAGGAUAGGACGAAAUGUCAAAAAGAGAAAGAAAGAAGAGAGCAGAAGGCAAUAAACCUAGAGAGGGACAUAACAUGGCAAGAAAAAGAAGAGAAGAACAGAGCAGAGGACAGGAGGCAAGAGGAAGAGUGGAAUGGAUUUCAAAGAAGAAGAGAGCAGUUUGAGAAAGACAGAGUGUACCAACCAGAAAGAAGACCUCAACACACUGAGGGACGUCAAAUAGAAAAAGAAUUAGAAGGAUUGACUUUGGAGAGGGAAAAAAUAAUGAAAGAUGAUCUGAGGAUUGUGCUGCUGGGUAAGACAGGAACAGGAAAGAGUGCAACAGGAAACACAAUCCUGGGCAGAGAAGAGUUUACCUCUGUUAAUUCAGCUGUGUCCCACACUAAGUCCUGUGAAAUAUUCAGUGUUGAGCAAGCUGGUAGGACCAUCUCAAUCAUCGACACUCCAGGGGUUUUUGAUACGUCAAUGUCUGAAGAGCAGGUAAAGCAUGAAAUAGUGAAGUGUGUCUGCAUGUCUGCUCCUGGUCCUCAUGCGUUCCUGCUGGUGGUCAGAGCAGAUGGGAGAUUCACAGAUGAAGAGAAGAACACAGUGAAAUGGAUUCAGAAGAACUUUGGAAAAAACGCUUUAAACUACACCAUAAUUCUGUUCACUCAUGCCGAGCGACUGGGGGAUGGAAAUAUAUCUGUGUAUUUUAGAGAAAGUGAAUUUCUCCAGUCACUGGUUAACAGCUGUGGCGGAUGUCACUCACUCAGCAAUGUGGACAAAGAUAAUCAAGAUCAGGUCACAGAACUGCUGAUGAAAAUUGACAAAAUGGUGGAGAAAAAUGGAGGAACACACUACACCAAUGAGAUGUAUGAAGAAGCCCAGAAAAUUAUGAAAUGGAAGAAUUUCAAAGAAAAAGCAACAAACGUUGGUAAAUUUGCACUAAUAGCAUUAGGAGGAGCAGUGGGAGGAGGUGCAGCCGUUGCAGCAGUAGGAGGAACAGCUGUAGGCGCAGCAGCAUCAGCAAAUGUAGCAACUACCUUGUUACAAUCAGAUGUAAGCAAAGCAGCAAUGAAAAUGAUAAGUGAAGCAGCAUUAUCAUUAUUAAGAAAAAAGCUAGAUGAGAUGACUAAAUAGCAGUCUUGGGCCCUAUUUUUGUAAGGUGCUACGUACUACAACCAUCUUGUACAUGUAAUCCAAUUAUUCUGAGAGCUAUACAUCUAAGUGCAAUAGUUGUUUCAUGGCAACACACAGCUGGGCGUG